AUGAAGGGCGCCAAGAAGAAGUACGGACCCAGGGGGUUCAUCCCGCCGGACCGCAACCAGCGCCUCGCCGCCGUGGCACUCCCCCGACUGGCCGCGGCCAAGGUUGAUGAGAGGAGCCGGCGACUGCACGCCUACCUCGAAGAGGCCGUCCAGGACGAGACGGCCUUCCGCCCCAUAACCAUUCCCCAACCGGGGCAGUGGCUGAGCGACAAUUUCGAGCCCGGCCAGCCGGUGAAGAAGUACAUCAAGUCGGCCCACACUCUCACCACACCCAAGGGCCGCAGCGGCCCGCCCCUCGAGGAGCUGCUGCGCUUCGGGGAGGCCUACCUGCAGAUGCCGAUGGCCCUCCUGCCGGGCCUCCACCUGCGGCCGAGCGACAGACAGCGCGAGACCCACCUUCAGGUGGACUUCCCGCCCGAGCUGCGGCCACGGAGUGCGGCGGCGAGGGAUCAGGAGAUCAGGUGGCGCUGGCACCACGAGCACACUAAGCGCAAGCAGCUUUCGACGCGCGACAUCCACUCGCUCCUCCGCUCCGUGCUCCCCGAUGACGGCUUUUGCUUGAUCGCGCUCCUGAUGGACGAUCUGUUCCCUACCGACAACCCCAAGAGCUACGUCGCCGGCGAAGCCGACAGGUCCAACAGGUCGGGCGUGUUCAGCUUCUCCCGGUUCCAUCCAGGCUUCUUCACCGACGAGGAGGAAUUGCGGAGGCUGGCACCCAGCGAGAAGGCCGUUCUCCUUCGCCGAUCCUGCAAACUCAUGGUCCACGAGCACUGCAUUCACUACCUGUGCAUCAUGAACGGGACGAAGGGCCUGACGGAAGGCGCCGGCAAGCCGACCCACCUGUGCCCGUGUUGCCUGCACAAGGUGUUCCUAUUCAGCUGCCGACAGAAACCGGAGGGCUUCGACGUUGAGCAGCGCUACCUGCAACUGGCCGAGUUCUUCCGAGAGCACGCGGACGGAUUCGAGCGAGAGCUGGCGUGGACGGCCACAGAGCUGUCGCGUCUGGAACAGUGCCUGCCUCGGCCCAGGAGAACGCACCCCGCCAUGACUACGUCAUCGGCCGCCGCGGCACCGACCAGCGGGGAAGAAGGGGCGGAGGAGGAAUGCAAUGAAGAAGAAGAGGGAGAAGAGGAAGAGGGCCAAUGA